AAUCGGACUGAACAAUGACGAGGCAAGUGCUGUUGAUGAUCUGUCUCCUCACCGUCGGCUCGGUGUUUGGGCAAGUCAGCUACUCUAUUCCUGAAGAAAUGACAAAAGGAUCGUUAGUCGGGAAUGUAGCCCAAGAUUUAGGUUUAGAAACAAAGCGUUUGGUUUCUGGCAAAGCUCGAAUUUUUACCCGAGACAGUGAUGCAUACAUCGAGCUGAGCAGAGAAAGAGGAGUCCUCCUCGUCAAAGAGAGAAUCGACAGAGAGGCGCUCUGCAGACAGACGACGCCGUGUGCUUUACAUUUUCAGAUCAUUUUAGAGAAUCCGAUGGAGUUUUACACGGUUACUGUUCAAAUUUCUGACAUUAACGACAAUGCCCCUACGUUUGAAAAAAGCGAAAUGAUUUUUAAAAUCAGCGAGUCCGCCGUGAUCGGUGCAAAAUUCGUUCUCCAGCGCGCGGUUGAUCUUGAUGUCGGCAUCAAUAAUCUAAAGCGCUACCAACUGAGACCGACGGACAACUUCGUUCUUAAAACACACAAUGACGCCAGUGGCAAUAAAAACGUGGAGAUGGUAUUACAGAAGCCUUUAGACAGAGAGAAACAGGAGCAGAUAUCUCUCGUGUUAACAGCGGUAGAUGGUGGAGAGCCGCAGAUGUCAGGAACAAUGCUGAUCGCCAUUACAGUUUUAGAUGCGAAUGAUAAUGCUCCUGUUUUUACACAGCAAACAUACAAAGCUACUGUUAUUGAGAAUUCCCCUAAAGGCACAGCUGUUGCUACUGUAACAGCCUCAGAUGCAGAUCACGGCCCGAACAGUAAAGUAACGUAUUCCAUCACAAACACAUUAGAUGAUGUCAGGAAAGCAUUUUAUGUCAAUGAAGAAAACGGAGAAAUUAUAGUUAUUGGAAAUAUUGAUUUUGAAGAGUCACGAAGUUUUGAAAUAAAUGUACUUGCCAGUGACGACGGAGGUCUCACAGAUUCAUGUAAAUUAACUGUUGACGUACAGGAUAGAAAUGAUAAUAACCCUGAAAUAACCAUCAUGUCUAAAUCUAAUAUCGUUUCGGAAGAUGCGCAAAUAAAUACUGUUGUGACAAUGAUCAGCAUUGAGGAUAGAGACUCGGGACAAAAUGGAAACGUGCAAUGUUUCAUUGGCGACAACAUACCCUUUGCAUUAAAAUCAUCAACAAAUAAUUUCUAUAGUUUAGUAACAGAUAGUGAUUUAGAUCGAGAGAGAUCCUCUGAGUUUAAUAUCACAGUGACCUGCUCUGAUGAGGGAGUGCCCUCUCUCUCCAGCAGUGUCACUCUCACCUUGCUGAUCGCUGAUGUGAAUGAUAACGCACCUGUCUUUGGGAGGAGCUCAUACGAAGCCCACAUAGUAGAAAACAACACACCUGGCCUCUCUAUAUACACAGUGAAAGCCACAGAUGCUGACUGGAACCAGAAUGCCCGUGUUUCUUACAUUCUGGAGGACUCCUCUGUGAACGGAGUGCCAGUCUCCUCAUAUGUGUCCGUCAGUGCAGAUAGUGGAGUCAUCCAUGCAGUGCGCUCUUUUGACUACGAGCAGAUCAAAGAUUUCCAGUUUCUUGUCAAAGCUCAGGAUGGAGGCUCUCCUCCACUCAGCAGCAACGUGACAGUGAAAAUCCUGAUCCAGGACCAGAACGACAACCCCCCUCAGGUCCUGUACCCAGUGCAGACUGGUGGCUCUGUGGUGGCUGAGAUGGUGCCUCGUUCAGCAGAUGUGGGCUAUCUGGUGACCAAAGUGGUGGCUGUUGAUGUGGACUCUGGACAGAAUGCCUGGCUCUCAUAUAAACUCCAGAAAGCCACAGACAGAGCGCUGUUUGAAGUGGGAUUACAGAAUGGAGAAAUCAGAACUAUCCGCCAAGUCAAUGAUAAAGAUGCAGUCAAACAACGACUGACUGUUACAGUGGAGGACAACGGACAGCCCUCUCGUUCAGCUACAGUCAUUGUGAACGUGGCGGUGGCGGACAACUUCCCUGAAGUGCUGUCAGAGUUCACUGACCUGAUCCACGACAAGGAGUACAAUGACAACCUGACUUUUUACUUGGUGUUGGCUCUGGCUGUAGUUUCCUUCCUGUUCAUCACCUGUGUGGUGGUGAUUAUCUCAGUGAAAAUCUACAGAUGGAGACAGUCCCGCAUCAUGUAUCAGUCCAACCUGCCAGUGAUUCCAUAUUAUCCUCCACGUUACUCAGACACUUUGGGGACAGGGACUCUCCAACAUGUGUACAACUACGAGGUGUGCAGGACGACAGACUCCAGAAAGAGUGACUGUAAGUUCGGCAGAGCUGGUAGUCAGAACGUGCUGAUCAUGGACCCCAGUUCAACAGGGACGAUGCAGCGGAUACAGAGUGAGAAGAGCAUCCUGGAUGAACCUGACUCUCCUGUUGAGGUUAGACUAAUUUGA